AUGUCAACCACAACUCCCAACCCACCAUCCAAUCCCCUCCCCUGGAACCCCCACCAAUAUCUCCUCUUCCAAACCGAGCGCAACCGUCCCAUCCACGACCUCCUUUCCUACCUGCGCUUGUCCGCCCAUCCUAGUUUCAGCCCGACUCGUGUCGCUGAUCUUGGAUGUGGCCCGGGGAACAGUACUAAGUUAUUGACGCAAUACUUCCCCAGCGCAAAAGAAGUUGUGGGGAUUGAUUCGUCUGGGGACAUGCUCUCUUCCGCGUCGAAGGUUAUCCCCGAGUUAGAGUCCGGCCCAGAGGACAAGAGAGAAGUGAGGUUCUCGCUGGGUGACGUCCGAACCUGGACUGCCCCAGAAGGGAAGAAACCUGAUAUCAUCCUCGCUAAUGCAGUCCUGCACUGGCUUCGACACAAGGACCGCAUCCCAACUGUUGUGCGUCUCGUCCGCAACGUCGUGGCCGACGGCGGGGUCGUAGCGAUCCAAAUGCCGGAUAAUUAUUACGAGUGGACGCACCGCGCCAUGAGGGAAGUCGCUGUCAUGAAGGGCGUCCCCUGGGAAGGAUGCUUCCCUCGUGUGGGAUAUUCUGAGGGGGAGUCCUACACCGAGGAGAGACCCGACCUGGACCCGAUAGAGAGCAUGGAGGAGUGGUAUCAGGCGUUGAACAAGGGCCAUGUAUUGGGAAAUGUGCAGAUGCUGGUCAACGGAUUUGCCUAA